AUGGAGUCAGAGGGUAGAACUUCUUCCAUCGAUGAAUGUUCUCAAAAGCUCUUGAAAAAGGAAGAUUCGAGGUCUCAAACUCAACAUCUGAACACUCUUGAUCGUGUAAACUACCAUAACAAUGAGUUCACUAAUGCCACGAAGAUUUUCGUGGGUGGCUUACCUGCUGAUUUAACAAAAGACGAAUUCAAAGCUUACUUUGAAAAGUUUGGUUCUAUUGAGGAUGUGGUUGUGAUGUCUGAUAAAGAAACCAAUAAACCACGAAGAUUUGGUUUUGUUACAUUUGAUUCACCAGAUACUGCAAACAGUGUACUAAAGAAUAGGUUUUAUGAACUGAAAAACAAGCGAGUGGAAGUGAAAAAGGCUGUUUCAAAAGAGCGAAUGACUAGGAAUUUUGGAAGUUAUUAUGAUACUUAUAAUAACGCUAUGUAUAAUGGAACUACUCUUCCUUACGCCACUGCAACCUCUUAUGGUGUGUAUUAUUAUGGGAUGAACAAUUAUGGAUAUGGAGCUUAUAGUGGUAUUGGUUGUGAGGGGCUUCCGUAUUAUUAUUAUCCUUAUCCCAAUCCCAGUUAUUAUGAUAACACUUGUUCCUAUCAAAAUCCUUAUUACUACGCAGAUACUUAUUCAUACCAGAGUCCAUAUAGUUAUCAUGGAAACAACCCUAAACAUUCAUAUAAAUAUAGGAAUAGAAGUACGACUCCUGUUGUCAUCAAGAAAAAAUCACAUUUCAAGAAUGGUGAUGGUGAUCAUGAUGUGAGAAAGAAUACAAAGGUCAGUUCAGAGGUUAAUGAUGAAGAAAGUAGUGUUACGAGGGAUGCAUUAGAAAAUGGUGAUGCGAUGGAUCAGUUGAACAAAUGGGAGCAGAUGGAGAGUCUUCUUCAUGUACGUUGGACUCAUGAUAUAUGGCAAAAUGGAUGCAAGUCAACCCCAUUGUUGACCGGCAAUACCAACUUCAUGGCUAAACUCAGAGAUCAGAUUCAAAUGUAG